AUGGUGCCGGGUUUGAGGGACUCCCGCGGCUGCAUGGAGCUGCCAUGCAGAGUCCUGACCAGCCUCACACCAGGGAAGCCUGCAGGAGGAAGGACACAGGGGGAGGAGAAGGUGCAGAAGGAAGGGUCAUGGAAGGACAGGUAUGAGGACAAGGUGAUCUUUGGUCUCUGCAGGGUGAACAUCCUCUCAGAAGGUCAGCCCAAGUCUGCACCCUCCGUGUCUCUGUUCCCGCCAUCCGCUGAGGAGCUCAACAGCAACAAGGCCACACUGGUGUGUCUCAUGAGUGACUUCUACCCGGGCAGCGUGACGGUGGCCUGGAAGGCAAAUGGCACCCCCGUCACCCAGGGCGUGGAGACCACCAAGCCCUCCAAGCAGAGCAACAACAAGUACGCGGCCAGCAGCUACCUGAGCGUGUCCAGCCAAGACUGGAAGUCCGCCAGCGCCUACAGCUGCCAGGUCACGCACGACGGGAAGACCGUGGAGAAGACAUGUAAUGUGUUCGGCGGCGGGACCCAGCUGACCGUCCUAGGUCAGCCCAAGUCUGCACCCUCCGUGUCUCUGUUCCCGCCAUCCGCUGAGGAGCUCAACAGCAACAAGGCCACACUGGUGUGUCUCAUGAGUGACUUCUACCCGGGCAGCGUGACGGUGGCCUGGAAGGCAAAUGGCACCCCCGUCACCCAGGGCGUGGAGACCACCAAGCCCUCCAAGCAGAGCAACAACAAGUACGCGGCCAGCAGCUACCUGAGCGUGUCCAGCCAAGACUGGAAGUCCGCCAGCGCCUACAGCUGCCAGGUCACGCACGACGGGAAGACCGUGGAGAAGACAGUGGCCCCCUCGGAGUGUUCCUAGGACCUGAGUCCCCACUUCUGGGGACAUUUCUCAGUCAGACCCUCCCUUCCCCCGCUCCCCACUGUCCCCCUGCGGCUCCUGCCCUUGGUCGCUCAGACUGGGCAGGUCGCCAUCCCUCCCCAUUUCCCCUUCUCCUGAAUAAACUCCUGUCAUUUCUCAUCUGA